CUCCCCUUUCCUCCUGCUUCCUCUCUCCUACACAUCGGUUCACAGCUGCUACAGAGAAACUCGAGAGGACGAAGAGAGAGAGAGAGGGGCGCGGUCGCGGUUUGAUCCCGAACUUGGAUGUCCGGUAUGGAGAGGCUUCAGAGGAUGUUCGCCGGCGCCGGAGGUGCUCUGGGCCACCCGCCCCCGGACUCCCCGACCCUCGAUUCCUCCGAGCAGGUCUACAUCUCCUCCCUCGCCCUCCUCAAGAUGCUCAAGCACGGGAGGGCUGGGGUUCCCAUGGAAGUGAUGGGCUUGAUGCUUGGGGAGUUUGUGGAUGAGUACACCGUCCGAGUCGUCGAUGUGUUUGCUAUGCCGCAGAGUGGUACCGGUGUCAGUGUCGAGGCCGUCGAUCAUGUGUUCCAGACCAACAUGCUUGACAUGCUCAAACAGACUGGAAGACCAGAGAUGGUGGUAGGUUGGUACCACUCUCAUCCUGGCUUUGGAUGUUGGCUUUCUGGUGUGGACAUCAACACUCAGCAGAGUUUUGAGGCUCUAAAUCAGCGUGCGGUUGCAGUAGUGGUGGAUCCCAUCCAGAGUGUCAAAGGGAAGGUGGUGAUUGAUGCCUUCCGUUUGAUCAACCCACAAACCAUGAUGCUUGGCCAAGAACCCAGGCAGACAACCUCCAACCUUGGACAUCUCAACAAACCGUCCAUCCAGGCAUUGAUCCAUGGGCUGAACAGACACUAUUACUCAAUUGCCAUCAAUUACAGAAAGAAUGAACUUGAGGAAAAAAUGCUACUUAAUCUUCACAAGAAGAAAUGGACAGAUGGCUUGACGCUUCGCCGUUUUGACACGCAUUCUAAAACCAAUGAACAGACUGUUCAGGAGAUGCUGAAUUUGGCAAUCAAGUAUAACAAGGCGGUGCAGGAGGAGGACGAAUUGCCACCGGAGAAGCUAGCGAUCGCAAAUGUGGGAAGGCAAGACGCCAAGAAGCACCUUGAGGAGCACGUCUCCAACCUCAUGUCUUCCAACAUAGUUCAGACCUUAGGGACCAUGCUGAUACCGUAGUCUUCUAAGGCCCUCCGAAUUGGCAUCUUAUGUUACCUGCAUCCUGCACAACUCUGUAUCAUCUUUUGUGGCGGUGUUCCGGGACUAAUUGUUACGUUGGCUUGAUCGGUAGACACUGCGGCUUGUUAGAAAUUUAGCCCUUUGUUCUCUUCUUUGCUUGUAUCCCCAUUCAAACAAUUCAGUUACCAAUUUGUUCUUAUCCAAGAAAGGGAAAGGAAAGGAGACGGUUUAUCCGCGA